UCUUAUUUCUCAGCUCGUAUGGAGAUAUAAAAAUUCAAUUGGGAAAUUAAAAGCUCGAAAGAGCGUUGUGUGAUAGAAUUACCUAGGAUAGAGUGAAGUCGUAGAUAAAUACUCAGUACAUACGAAGACCUAGAUAAAGAAAGAAAGGCAGCGAGCCAUCCAGCCCACCACCAAGAAUUUUGACAAACGCGGGCCGAAAUCUCCAAUCUUUCGGCCUCGCCAAAACUUUUCCGCCUCGUCCAUCAACCGCCUCUCCUCCCCUCAUUCACCCAACCAUAUAACGCACCACCUUUCCCAUUUCGUAAAUAAUUACAUAUACAAAAUGGCGGGUGGACGCAUGAAAUAUAGACAUCUGGGUCGUACCUCUUCGCAUCGACAGGCGCUUCUUAGAAAUCUUGUUACGUCGCUCUUUACACAUGAAUCUAUCUCGACUACAUAUCCGAAAGCGAAGGAAGCGCAGAGAUUGGCGGAGCAAUUGAUUACAUUGGGGAAGAAAAAUACAGAGGCUAGUAAGAGGAGGGCGCUGAGUAUAUUUUUUGUGAGUUUUGAUUCUUGGUUUAUUUUACUUUCGGGGAAAGAGGGGGGCUUGUUCGGAAGGGAAAUUGGAAGAUAUGAUAGGAUAUCGAUUUCUAUAUUCCUCUAAAUAUAAUUUGGAAUUGUAUAUAAACACAAACUAAUUCCAACCCCUAGACCCCCCACGGACUCCUCCCCAAACUCUUCGGGCCCCUCCGCGAACGCUACGCCCAACGUCCAGGAGGCUACACCCGCGUCCUGCGCAUCGAACCACUCAAAGCAGAUCAAGCACCUAGCGCCAUUCUCGAACUUGUGGAUGGACCGAAAGAUACGCGCUGGGCGAUGACGGCGCGAACCGUCGCACGAUUCCGCAGUGAAAGGAUCCCGCUGAAUAGUAUUACGGAGAGGAAUGUAGAGAAGGUGACGCAGUUUCGGAAGGGGGGUGAAGAGGCGUUUGAGAAAUUUGUGACGAGGGUGGGACAGUUGGGGCUAGGGAAGAAGAUAAAGAGGGAGGAUGUGCCAUUUGAUGGAAUGGGGAGAAGGGGAGUUGGAGGGAAGAGGAGGAGGGAGAAGAGGUGGGGUGGGUUUAUUUAGAUGGUUUUGGUGGGGGGAAUGUAUGGAUGGAUGGA